AUGGAAGUUAUAGAAGAAGAAAAGGGAAAGUGCUUUAAUUGUCAGUCAGAAAAUGAUAACCAAAUUGCAUGUAAAAUUUGUAAAGAGUGAUUUUGCCAUCAGUGUGCAUCAAAUAAAGCUUUGCUAUAUUCUUGUGAAGAAGGGAAAGGGGAAUAUGAAGUUUGUACAGGCUGCCAUUCACUAAUUGUUUCUCUAGAAGAUUUUAUUGAGAGAGAAGGCAUCAAAUGGUGCCAGAUGACUAAAAGAGGAGAGUCUUGGAUGAAAAGCAGCGGAGCCUGAAGUUUUAUGGAAAACCAGCCUGGGGAUAUAAACACUUAUUUAAUUCUCCCUCUAUCAACAGAUGAUGAAGAAAUCAUUACUAAAGACGUCACAACUGGCAGAUCAGACCCAGAAGUAUUCAAUUGAGAAAUUCAUGAAUUAUUGCUGAGAAUCAUCGGUGGUACAUAUAGAGAAGAUAUUUAUAAAGUCCUUAAAGCUUAUACAUCUAGAAACCCUCAAGUUGGAUAUUGUAAAGUUAAUUCUAAUUACAAAUGAUUAUGCUGGUCAUAAGUGGAUCUAGCCACUAGCCGUCGCUCGCCUUGGCUUCAAAAGGUCGUCUUCCUGAAUUUCCAACCUGAACCACCUGUCCAGGGGAUCAGCGCCCUUUGGCAGAGCUAUUGUCUGUGAGAUGCCCCGAUAACCCCGAUGGAAGGCCAUGUGGUAGGCAAAACCUGUCUAGCCCAUCUGACAGGAGCAGGGCAACUUUCGGGAAAGAAACAAAACUUCCCUUUUCGGCAACGCAUCAACAAGACUAUAGACAUUCAAAGAGUGACUGAAGCCCUGUCUUUUAGCUUCAUCAGGAUGGGUCCUAUCUGCUCCAUAGGAGUGCUCGACGGAGUCCACUUUUUACCAACAUCACUAUCUUAUUUCUGGAUAUUGCCAAGGAAUGAAUUAUAUUUGUAUAGCCGAGGGCCUAUUAUUGAUUGCUUUGAGCUUCGCUAUGCCUGUCAAGCUGAGUGGAAUUUGCUAGGCCAAUAUCAGCUAUACAGUCAACUGAUGAAACUAGCAAGCGGCCAUAUAAAUUUCACUUGCUAACUGGUGAAAUUGACUUGGCAACUGAUACUACCUGAGCCAACUCCACCAUUUUGGCAGGCAUCGUAUUAUCCAGGGCAAUCAAUAAAAGGUCCUGCCUAUAUGUGGCUUCUGGUUUUUCUUGACCAUAACUCAGCGUUUUGAAUGCUCUCAUAUUUAAUUGAAAAAUGGCUUUUGCCUGAUUUUUAUAAUGGUGCAAAGAGAGGAAAUUCAUUAAAUGGAUUUUUUAUUGAAUCAACUGUAAUUGCAGGCUUGCUUGACCAUUUGAUUCCAGGAAUGAAAUCCUCAUGCUUAACUUCACAUGAAUUUUCUGAUUUCUUCUCAAUGCAGCCUCUUAUUCAAAUGUUUGUAAAUACAGUAGAUUUAGAAAGUCUUGUAUUUUUAUGGGAUAGACUAGCUUCUGAGGGCUCAAUCGCACUGAUACGAGGAGUUGUAAGCAUUGUCUCUAUUUUUGAAAGAAAUGUCAAGAAAGGCGAACACCCUUUAAAAAUUCUUCAGCAGAUGGCUGGACAAAGAAUUGCUCCUCAACUGAGCUUAAUUUAUGAUGAUUUAAUGAAAGAAAUCACAGAAGUCCGAGUUAGGAGACUCCGAGGAGGAGCAAGAGAUUAUAGGGCUAAACAAUGGCAGAAAAGCGAAAGAAUUUUGGAAAAGAAACUGGAAAAUUGUUCAAAUUUCAGUAAAGAAGAAAUCGAUAUUUUAAAAAGCGAAUUUACGAAAAUGAUAGAACAAAAAAGGAAAGAGCCUAAAGAAAAACCGAAUGUAAAUAUAAGAAGAAGGGGAACUGUGUUUUUGCCUGACAGUAUUCAGCAAGAGGUGGAAAAGUAUGGAGGCGGAGAUAUUGGCUUGGCAAAGCCUGAAUUCGUAAGAUUGGUUCAAAAUUUAGUUCCUGGCCUUGCCGAAAGUGCGGAAUCGUUGUUUGACCAAUUCGAUGAAGACCGCUCUGGGUAUCUUGACUUCAGAGAAUUCUCCCCCGCUGCAGGUCGGUUUUGCCCGCAAAAGGGCUUUUGCCUGCUGCAAAAUCUGGCCACGGUUGUACUGCUCUGGGUCAAAACAAAGCGGCUAGAGAAGAAUCAGUGAAGGCUGAGAUGUAGCAACUGGCGAGCAAGUCCCAAACCUGCAUAUUAUAACAGUAGGGCCUUCAAAGUGUUAUCGGCAACAACCAGAGAGGAGAACACUGGAACCUGGAGGAUGGGAACUGUACAGAAAGUCCCUAAAUAGCUUAGGCGUCAUCAGACGACGUCCUCGGGUGAGCUCAAUCGUUCUGAUCAGUAUAUUGGUCAGAAUUCUGAUCAUAAAUUAAUUACAACGUAAAGUGAGUUCAGAGAAUUCACAAUCUGCAUAUCAGUUUUAAGCAAAGGCACUUUCAGCGAUAAGCUUAAACUUUGUUUUGACUCUUAUGAUUCAAAUCACACCGGAAUUUUGCACGAGCUCGAACUAAAUCUUUUAACCCAAAAUCUUCUUUCCCCAUAUAUAGAAGCACUAGGAGAAUGCUACGACCCUUUGCUUAAGCAAAAAGCUGAGCAAAUCUACACACAAAUGAAAGCUCUAAUUUCAAGCACAAACGGUUCUGUUGUAUUUUCAGAGUUUUACAACAAAGUGAUAGCUGACCCUGUGCUAUAUGCCUGCUUAUCAGACCAUGUAGGAGCAAAAGAGCAAGACUUAAAUCACGUCACAAGCGCAAUUUCUAGGUCAACGUUUAUAUCACCUCUCGAUGAAGAAAAAUUCGGAAAAUCCAGCUGUAACAGCUGCUCCUUAAUGUAA